AUGGCCGCAUCACUAGCAGCUGUCAAGAAGGAAUUGCGAUCCAAGAUUAGGGAUGUCUUGAAAGGUAUACCCGACGCGGUUGCUGCCACGCAAACAUCUAAUGCAACCAAAACCCUACUGUCCAUGCCCGAGUAUAAGGCGGCGCGCAGAAUAAGCGUCUACCUGUCGAUGCCGGGCGGUGAGAUAUCCACGAGCGAGAUUGUGCGCAAUGCGUUUGAUGAGGGCAAGAAGGUUUUCAUUCCCUACACGUAUAAAUUGGACGCACCCAAAGAUGGCCAGCCAAAGUCCAUUAUGGACAUGGUAGAGCUGCAGUCGAUGAAAGACUUUGAAUCUUUGGAAGCCGACAAAUGGGGUAUUCCAACACCGAGCAAAGACUCCAUAUCGUCACGUGCGAACUGCUUUGGUGGAACCGGCAUCACGAAUGGAGAGACUAAUGGUCUGAGUGCCGGCCUUGAUCUGAUCGUCAUGCCGGGUAUGGCUUUCGACUCGCAGUUCGGCCGGCUGGGCCACGGCAAAGGUUUCUACGACUAUUUCUUGACGCGCUGUCACCAGGUAUCGCGCAUGCCUUUUCGCGGUAAGAACUACUGGUAUUGUGUAUUUGGAGGGCUAACUAACCAAGUUGAAGUUGGCCUCUCGUUAACAGAGCAGUUCCUGCCACCAAACGAGUCGGUUCCCAUGGACGCCUCCGAUUUCCGCCUGGACGCCUUGAUCACUGGUGAUGGCGAGCUCCGUCGCGUGGAGCCUUGA